UUCCUGUCUUCUUUGAAACGCUUUAGGCUCUCAUUACUGGCACCCUGGCACUCAGCCUAGGUUCUUUGGCACAUCCCCUAGAUUCCAGGGGAAGUUCUUGCUCCACCUCUUGAUCUUUUUCCUUUGACGUAACCCUGGUAGUAAUUGCAAAAAAGGGAGGAUAUUUAUUUACGAAGUCAGAUCUGGCAAGCCAACCUAGGAAGUAUCUUCUCGGAUUUGGCAGCUCUUCGGAUCUUCUUGUUCCUGCGGGUCGUGAAGAGAUUUUGGGCUAACUUCAGUCAACUGGAUCCUUACUCUGCUUGUCAGCCUAACUCCAAAAGUUGGAAACGCUGUGAAGACACUAAUUCCUUGGAAGAAAAAAAACGGGGAAAUUGUGUACCAAGGCAGGAUUUAAAUUUAUUCUGCGGAAAGGCAGAAAUGGGAGGCACAGGAUCUGUAUCACGCUGGUAAUGAGUUACAAGAGGAGCGAUUGCUUGGCUCCCUGAGAUGCAGCUACUUGCCUUGGUGCUGUUCCUAACUCACCUGAUUUCUGCCUGCUUCCCCCUUGCAACCUCGCUGAACACUGUCAGUUGCUCACCAGGCCUGGGCUGUCAGCUAAAAAAGAAGGAUGUUCUGUGUAUACUUGGUGAAUCCAGAUCAGAUCCAGAACUAGAUCCAAUCCUAGGGCUGGUUCAGAUGAAUUCAAGGAACACUCUUUGGUGCCCAGAGGAGGGAGACUGCACUCCCUGCGUACAAGUGAUGUUAACUCUUGGAUUGCUGGAGCCACCUACGUUGGGUGCAAAACAAGAUGGAGGAGCCAACAAGAUCAGAGAGCAGCCCAAGGGACACCCUAAGAAAAUCCCACGAACACACAUUUUUCUCAUGGCCGAAACGUAUUCUUCUUCUCGUUGUGUUGAAGUGAAGGUCUGGCUUCCCUACAAUUGGGAAAGUCAAAAUAAUUCCUUGGAAUCUCUGCAAUACAACUGCUUCCCAGUAGCUCCCAGUGGGGAGUUGCAUCUCACCGUCUUCACGUGGCCUCGCUAUCAUUCUGCAGGUGUGUUACAAGUCACGCACCAUGGACCAGACUGUACCUGGCCCAACGCCACAGAUGCCAUUCACCUGUGUCAAGUACCAAGUUUAUCCAGUUCUGUGGGACUACAGUCGGCAAUUCUACAUGUGGGAAACAUCCCUAAGGGACAGCAUUUCAAACUGUGGUUGUAUCUGAAUCGGACGGAUGGAUUUAAAGGCCUUGAUCAGGAGACUCCCAGGUUGCUGACUGGAUCGGAGAAUGUGAGUUUACCAAUCGCGCAGGUGUUUCCUUGUCUCUGCUUUCAGGUCUGGCCCAAGAUUGAAGACCAAGCUGACACACCUCGAACUCAUUUCUGUCCCUUUGCAAAUGACCCAGCAGCUUUGGCCAGGGCCUGGAAACACAGCCGCUUGGAAGUUCACACUUCUGGUGGGAGUUUGAGCUGCUUCGUUUCUGCUCCGUGUGACCUUCAAGGAGAUCUGGUUCCCUGCUGGCGGAUGGAAGAGCUUGCCUGCCAACCUCUUCAUCCCCAUCUGCAUCUGGUCCUCAUUCCACAUGAACCACAGGAGUUCCCAAGACUGCGACCUCAUCCCAACCUGUGUGUGCAGGUAAGAAGGAAUGGAAGUACCUAUCUCCAAAGCUGCCUGCAGGAUGAUGUCACAAGAAGCCAGAAAUACUUACUGUUUCAGGAGAUUCAGGAUUCCCAGGGGAAUUCUUUAGUUCAAAUUAUGGAGCAAGGCACCUGGAUCUCCACUGCUCAGGUCUUCAAUACGAGAAGAACAACAUUGGAGGAAGACCUGAGGAACAGUAUGCAGUUAGGGAAGUGCAUGCAGAUAUGGCAAGAAGAAGGGACCAAUGCUACUAUACUCUGGGCAUGUUCAGCGGAGCAUUAUCCCCGGACCUACUGGGUGCUGAUCUGGUUGGUCACUCUCCUAGGGAGCUGCUGUGUUCUGCUCAUGCUCCUCUUCAAGAAAGAAGCAGUAAAAGGCUGGUUCAAGAUCCUGAAAGAAAAUUACAGUUCCAGAGGAAUGCUUCAGGGACGACGGGUCCUCAUUCUCUACUCUCCAGAUCAUGAAGGCUAUGAGCGUGUGGUGGGCAUCCUGGCAGAUGCGCUGACUCAGCUGCAAGUAUCUGUAUCCCUGGAGUUGUGGAGCCGUGGGGAGUUGGGGUCUCUGGGACCCAUGCAGUGGUUCCACGCCCAGCGACGCUUGGUACUUCAAGAAGGCGGAGUUAUUGUGCUGCUGUUUUCCCACGGUUCUGUGGCCAGUUGUGCAGAAUGGCUGGGCUGGAAACAGAACUUCCCUCGGUCCACCUUCAAACCAGACAGCACAUUCUUGGCUUCCCUCAACUGCGUCUUGCCUGAUUUCCUGGCUGGUGAAGCCAGGGCCACAUACAUUGUCGGCUGCUUUGAGAAGCUUCUUCCAGUCAAUGAGAUCCCUGACCUCUUCCAUUCAGUGCCUGUCUAUCCUCUGCCCUCUCAGCUCUUUAGCUUCCUGCUGACCUUGGCUGGCCCCAGGGUAGGACACAAACAGAAGAACAGCCUCAGGAGACAUGCAGAGGGCAUCCACAAGAGCCUGGAACGGGCAGUGCAUGAAUGCCAGCAAAAGUACCCCAGCUAGUAGAACCUGUAAUUGCUGCUUUCUCAGCAGGAGGAUAAACAGAGUAAAUGCAUUCUGUCACCAUCCUUGAGAAAUAAGACUUUCAGAAGUGAGCUGGUAAAAGGGCAUCUGAGUGUACUGACAUAUAGUUUUUCCAACAAGUCAGAGUGGCCAGUCUGUUCCUGUAAUUUGGAAAGAGGCGUGUGAUAGUGUAACAAGACUGAAUCAUGGAUGGGAACUUGUUUUGCAUAGCAGUUCAAGUGAUAAGGUACCUGUAUAAGUGGCUGGUGGAGAUAAUGAGCUGUCAUCAUAUAACUGAAUGGUAACCUGAGCCUGAGUGGCGUAGGAGGCUAAUGCCUCCUACUAAGGCAGCAUUUAACAUCCAGCUGCCUGCAAUUACUGCGAGUUCAAUUCUCACCAGGAUCAAGGUCGACUCAGCCUUCCAUCCUUUCUAAGGUGGGUAAAUUGAGGACCCAGUUUGUGGGGGCAAUAAGCUGACUUUGUAUAAAUAUACAAAAGUAUUAAGGCUAGUGCUUAACGCCCUGAGUCUCCGGAGAAGGGCGGCAUAUAAAUCAAAUAAAAAAACAAACAAACCAGCCAAUAAUAUGAAGGGAGACCAUCAGUAGAUCCAGAAUGGAGGAUCUCCAAAGGUGUGGACUUCUCACCUUCAUGCCUUGCUUUGAAGCUCCCUUGAAGCAACUGCUUGGCCAGCAAAAUGCAAUAAUGAUAAAAAACUAGAAAUACUCAGAUUAGAGUGAUGCAGAGCACUUUAUGAAAUAUAGCUGCUCAGAGCAUCAAGGGAGCCAUGUCCUGUGAAGGCUCGGCAUGGCUUGGUUUUGAUGGAGGUGUCUUCAGGAUGUGCACUUGUAUCUCAGAAGCUUAGGAAAACAUCUCAGAAUGGUGACACUGAACUUUGGAUUGAUACGGCUACCUCAGCAAGUUUGGAAGGAAGGAUGUGUUUGUUGGUUUCCAGAAGGUUCCUUCAGAUGGUUCGCACAGCCUUUAUUUAAAAAUGAAAAGGGCUUUGGAUACAUUCUCCGCCUUUUUAUCAGGAUCUCAUCUGCACAUCCUGCUUGCCAUAAUGUCUGCAUUACUAAAUGUUUUUGAGAGACCUCUGCCACAGACUACUGAGGUGAGGUGGCCUAGAAUCAUCUUUGGUUGUUCCAGUUUGGAAGUGGUGUUUCCCUUCUUCUCCUGACACAAAACUUUCCAUGAGGACAAUUUAGGAUGUAUCAGGGAAUAGGUUAGAGACAAUGAGUCAAUGAGAGUGAUUUGCUCAGCUCUAGCUGUCUUGGCAAGUCGACUCCUUCCCUGCCCAAUAACUGGGCCCCGUACCUCCACUGUACUGGCCAUUUUGUCUUUGGUUGGAGGACAGACUAGACACUUGGUCUCUGUGGGGAAGGCUUUCUUUUAUUUAUUUUGUGGAUGUUGUUAUUGUUUUAAAGUCUUUUCAAUUGUAUUAAUUGUCUCAGAAUUUUAGAAUUGUAAGCCACCCAGAUUCACGUGGUUGAGUUGGGCGGCUAUAGAAAUUGAAUGAAACAAACAAACGAAGUUUCCCUCAAGAGGGAGAAAGGAAAGCAAGUCCCAGAGGCACAAUAGCACUGAGAAUUCCCUGGUUUCUGCCUUCGUAUUUCAAAUUAGCUCUUUUGCUCAUUUAAGCAGACUUUUGGGUGAAGAGGGAGAAUUGACACAGGUAUAUUGAGCCUCUGUUUCUUUGACAGAAGAUGUUCUACAGUAGCCCUUGACUUACAAACAUUCGUUUAAUGGCUGUUUGAAGUCGCAAUGGCAAUUGAAAAAAAGUGACUUUUGAUUGUUUUUCACACAACCAUUGCAGCAUUCCCAUGGUCACAUGAUCAACAUUCGGGUGCUUGGCAACUGGCUCGUAUUUAUGACGGUUGCAGUGUCCCGGGAUCAUCCUUUUGUGACCUUCUGACAAGCAAAGUCAAUGGGGAAGCCAGAUUCAUUCAUUGUCCGAUCUGUCGCGACCCCAUGGACAUCAAUCCUCCAGGCCUUCCUGUCCUCUACCAUCCUCUGGAGUCCAUUUAAGCUCAUGCCGACUGCUUCAGUGACUCCAUCCAGCCACCUCAUUCUCUGUCAUCCCUUUCUUCUUUUGCCCUCAAUCAUUCCCAGCAUUAGGCUCUUCUCCACUGAGUCCUUCCUUCUCAUUAGGUGGCCAAAGUAUUUGAGUUUUAACAACCAUAUUACUAAUUUAACAACUGCAGUGAUUCACUUAACAACUGUGGCAAGAAAAGUUGUAAAAUGGGGCAAAACUCACUUAACAACUGUCUCGCUUAGCAACAGAGAUUUUGGGUUCAAUUGUGGUCGUAUGGCAAGGACUACCUGUACUUUCUUCUAUUGCUCUUUACAGAUGAAUGGCCCUAUGAAACACAUUAAUAACAUUGCCAUCUAGAGCCAAAUUCCUGCAGAUGCAGACGAUUGAUUCAAGAGGACAAUACUGUAGUCCUCUCAGAAGAAACAUACUGCAAAUAAGAACAAUCAAUACUAAAUACAUACAUUGGCAAAGGGUAACUUAUUCAUAUCAUAGAUGCUCUCAUAAAAUGACAAGAGAGAUGGGUGUGGAUAGUCACAAAACACUUGUUUAUGUGAAAACAAAUUGGUAAGCUUGCUGCUGUCUUGGUAGCUUUCCAGGGUGCUCUACAGGAGGGGUCUCCAACCUUGGCAACUUUAAGACUUGUGGACUUCAAAGCUGGCUGGCUGAGGCAACUUUAAGACUUGUGGACUUCAACUCCCAGAGUUCCUCAGCCAGCAAAGCAAAGCUGGCUGAGGAACUCUGGGAAUUGAAGUCCACAAGUCUUAAAGCUGCCAAGGUUGGAGACCCCUGCUCUACAGUCUUCUCUUAAUCCUGGACUUUUUCUUCGGAGAACUAUUUUCAAACAAAAUUUGCCCUUCUUAUUUCUUGAGGAUGCCUCUAAAGCAUUUAUGGGACCCAAAAGCAUAGUUGAAAAGAAGUUCUAUUUGCUUGAGUCAGAGUUCGUUUUUAGGACAUGCCAGGUGCUCUUUCAUUUAAUUAUUUUAAAUAAAAUCGUUUGAAAACUCAGGUGGAGGUGACUUAUUUUAACUUCCUCAUCCCCUGGAAACAUGAAUGAGAAACUGUAAGACCGAUGGGGCUUUUCCAAAGUGAGGUGUGGGCCGAACUGUUUCACUAUCAAAUUGAACCAAAUGAGCAUUUAGUUAUUUCUUUUACAUAAAUUGAAGAAUGCUUUAUUCCCAAAGAUGCUGGACACGUGAUGUUCUAUAAAAACAGGAACAAGAAUAACAAAAACCAUAAAACCCAAUCAAGUGUUACAGGGCUCACUAUGUGCCCUAUCCCAAAGGCUGGGAAUAUAGCCAGAUUUUUGAUACCUUUCAGAAUGUUACCAGGAUUGGAGACGUGUGGCUCUCUGAGUGGUUGCUGAAAUAUCUACUUUGAAAUGUUUCUCUUUUCAUUGCCUUUCUCUUCAAUUGUUUACUAUAUUUUAAAAAUAUAAGCCUUUGUUGUCUUUUUGUACACCACUCCAACAAUCAUCCCAAUGAAUUAAAAAGAAAUGCAAGUUUUAAUUAGAAACACCCUUUAAUAAGCCAAGUGUUUCCAUGUCAACAGUUUGGAUGAAGGAAACACUCAAGGGGCCCUAUCCAGUCUCUGUUUGAUUACGUUCCUGUUUCUCAUGUUUUCUUUUUAUUAAUGUGAAACGCUUAUUCUUACCACAUUCAAAUACCAGAACAAGGAAGGGCAUCUCUUCAGUCUAUUUUCCAGAAGAAUUAUUCCGUUCAUGUUGUAAUAGGUUUGGGUGGCACAAAAUAUGAGCAAAUAUUAUAUUCUUUGCUUUGUUAUUCAACUGAUAGAAUCUUCUGUUCCACUUUUGACACAAUAGUUGUGUCAAUCUUUAAAAUACCACAAGCUUCAGUUGUGUGUGUCCCCCCUCCCCAGGGCUGUCUUAAUGCAUGGGCCUGAUGGGAACUUGGCUGUGGGCCCCACGAGCAUAGGGGCCCCAUACUAAUCUGUGUAUGUUAACCCUUCAAUGCACCUUGUAUCAUAUAAAUACAGCAAUAUAUUUAUUACAUUUUACUGCAUUUUUUUAUUAAUACUAAUAUGCCAAUAAAAUAAAUAUGUUUAA